CCUUAUCCUUUCUGCUCUAGGGAAACUUUUGUUGAAAUUGGAUGAAAUAAUUGAAAAUGCCUCCACGGAUAAACAGCCGUUUCGGAUGUAACAUAUGUAGGAACGAUGGGUACCUGAAAGGGUAUCAAAAGUUUCGGUUGCCGAACUUCCGCAAACUUCCUUCUCUUCUUGUUUUGCAAAUUGUUUUCGUCGUUUGGACGUUUUUGUGGCGGUUUUUUUCACAUUUGUUUUGUGUUGCCUUUUGUUUUGAUCGUCGCUUUACAGUGGCUCAAUAGUUUGCGGGAAGGGGCUCGCAGGGCCAGGGUGGAUAGCGAUGCCGCAUUCGAAUGGAGCUGGCGACAGUGUGCCGUCGGGGGAUUCUGUGAGUGGCCGGCCAGAGGUCAGACCAUAUCUAUGGGCCAUAGAAAUGCAAAAUCACCAGUUGCGGGCGAUCAUCAUUCAGCUGCUAAUGAUUGGCCCACAUACCAUUGUCGGUCCAACAGCUCGUCCAAGCACAUCACUCACUCCAGCUCUCUGUCUGCUUCUUUCGUCCUUCUCCCUUUUAUAGCCGGCAGGACGAUGAAGGAGGCGCUGCCGUUGGCGGUGCUGCUGCUGUGGCUAGGAGCGACGCUGCCGCCUAGCUCCGGAUCGGCUGUGCUCAUCUCGGACAUGACCAUGACUGUGAUGGUGGAACUCUCGUCCCGACAUCCCUUCUGCAAGAUGCACAGAGAUCGCGGCGACAUUCAACGGAUGCUGCUGCAGUCGGAUCCACGACGCAUCCGCCAGGUGCCGCGCGAGUCCGUAAUGGAGCUGGAGGAGGUGUGCCGGCAUCAGGGCUCCUAUGGUCAUGAGUUCCGCGGCGGCCUGGGCUUCAUCUAUCCGGGGACCAAAUGGUGUGGCCCCGGGACAGCGGCCACCAGCUACGACGAUCUGGGCGCCCAUACGCGGGAGGAUAGAUGCUGUCGCGAGCACGACAUGUGCCCAGAUGUCUUGAACGUGGGCGAGUGCAGGCGGGGAUUGUGUAACCGGGGUACCUUCACACGCUCUCACUGUGACUGCGACGCGAGAUUCCGGCGCUGCCUGCAGGCGGCCAACACGGAGACGGCCAAUACUUUGGGGGCGAUCUUCUACAAUGUGGUGCAGGUGACGUGCUUCCAGGAGCGCAGUCCCUGCUCGGCGCACCAGAGGGCUGGCUACAAUGAAACGGAGCAGGAGGCCAUCUGUGCCCAGUGGCAGUACCAGCCAUCGGAGAAGUACGUACCCAGUCAGCCGCGCACUUCUUCCUAGACGAUCCAAGCGAAAUUGCGAGAUGACGACCUGGACAAGCUACUAAUGGAAACGGUUACAAAUCUACACAAAGCAAUUACAAUUACAAUUACAAUUACAAGUUUAGCUAUAGGACGUGCACAGUCAUAUCGAUAUGAUGUAUCCGCUUUUCUUAACCUGCUCUUGAACCUGAAGCCGACCUGAACCUGAACCUGAAUAUGAAUAUGAAUCUGAAUCUGAAUCCUGAACCAAAGCCAAUGCCAAACGUUCAAGCAACAGCAUGGAAACUAAAUAGGAAAAUAUAUAUAUUUUCAUAUAUUUAGAGCAUACAACAAAAACAGAUCUA